AUGGGGCGCCUUCCAGGUGCUAGACAUGCCGUCUCCUUCGAAGCUUCCAAGAGUGAGGGCUUAAGCCAGAUUGAAGAGGUGACCAACAUGCUCAAGGCCUGUUGCAGGAAGUCUUAUGAUCAACGUUGCUGUAUCAAGAACAUUCAAGACACUGCCAAUAAAGUCGGCGAAUUUGCCAACAAGAUCCGCGGUAUCGAGGUGGAGCUGGGAGAAGCCAAGAAAGCAGCAGAGCAGAUUGUGGGCGCAAACACAGGCAUGGGUGAAUUGGCAAAGGAGGUGGCAACCAUCAAGGCCAAGGCCGCAGAACAGCAGUCAGACCUCAUCUUGGCGAAGGAUGCCGUUGACAAGCUCAUCCCCACCAACGCCGGCAUCGAUUGCAUGGCAUCCUUGCUGGCGGGCAUGCUUGUGCAGUGGCAGUAUGUGUGUCUCAUAAGCUGA